AUGGCUGACGAUCAUGUUCCCCCACUUUUUAAUUUGAGUGUGAGCGAAAAGAGCAGUUCUCAACAAAACGAAGAAUCUCCUCUUCACAAGACGCACACACAAAAUGAGACGAUCUCCCCAACCACCACAAGCAGUCAGCGCCCUUCCCAACUUGAAUCUCAAACAUCAUCUCAAGUUCGUUCCACACAUUCCAAGAAUGGUCAAAAAUCCAAAAAAGACACUGACGAUGAUUCUCAAGAAUAUGUCACUUGUUCAGAUUCUCAAUCUCAAACCCAAAACGAAGAUUCUGAGAGUUCAGCCCCCGAACCAACUGUGCAAAAACGAAUCCGUCCUGUAGAUUCCGUCAAAGUUGAAAAAGAGCGUCAAAAAGAGAGUCGGCGAGAGAAAGAGAUGUCAGAUUGUAGUGACAAGUAUUAUGACAAAAACGAAGAUCAGCCGAGUGAUGAUUCCAAAGAUGCGUAUGGUAUAAGUACAAUCUUUCGGAAACUCCUCUUGUCAAUCUAUCCCAACUUUGUGAAUUACUAUAUAAUCCACUUCUCGAUCUUCACAGCAGUGUGCUUCUUAUUUGCACUCUUCUGUGUCUUAUUUGACAGUAAAGUCAGUUAUAUAGAUGCCCUCUUUACUUGUGUCUCUGCUAUAACAGGUAGUGGAUUAACAGUCUUUGACCUUGGGAAGAGUCACCCCGGGGUUCAAGCCAUUAGUUACAUCUUAACUUUCUUUGGGUCUAUAGUGUUAGAUUCUGCUUAUUAUAUAAUAGUGAAACUUGUCCGUAUCGCGACGUCGCGAAAGAAAAAGCCGAACAUAACGGGGAUCCCACAA